GUCGUGCGCUGCGAUCGCGCGCGAGAGAGCUUUCGUCGCCGCUCUAGCCAUGUGUGAUGUUUUCAUCACAGAAGGGACUCUCGUCUAGUUUCCGCACUUGUUAUUUGGCAAGAUGAAUGAGUAAUAUAUUGGACGACAUCUGCUAACGUAGGACAGUUCCGGUUGCUUCCCUGAAGGACAACUUUCGCAGUGUCUAGUUUUUCUCGUAAGCUCGUGGCCGUUGACACUGCAGCGUGCGGAUCCCGCAGUGCGUGAGUGUGUGGUUAAUUGGCGAACAUAAUAGACGAAGACGUCAGCUGAGUCGCGUAAACAUUGGCUAAAUAGUUGACUGACGGGACUGUUGACGAUGGCUCCGGUAAACACACGCGCGUAAACGUUCCACGCUGGUCCUGUAAGCAUUCCGUCAUGCGGCGUUUAAUUCUACUGUUCCUACUAACAGGAACGGUGCUUGGCGUCGAAGUACAUUUCGAAAAUAAGGACAGUGGAUUUUUUCUGAAGCACACAGCGAGAUGGAGCGGUUCAGGACCUCCACCGGAACCUAUGGGGACAGCCCUACCUGGCGCCUUGUUAUCACUCGAUCGAUUUACGGUACUACAAGGGUCUGCGCCCGCGUCAGUGCGGGCGACAUACGGACCAUUCUCCACUAAACAAACGGUACCAGCUCGAUACGCAGUGCCCGACCCUUUAGAACCACCUAGAAGAAAUGCAUCUCUAACGGAAUUGCAAGACGCUACUGCUCACAGACUUGACGUCUCUGCGCACUUGGUGUUUCGGGAGUUACCGCGUGAUGCUCCAGUGCUGCGUGUUCUGUUCCACACGGGUGGUGAGGGCGGCGCACGGCGUGCCGCAACACGUCCACGUCGUGUUUGUAUAACGCUGCACGCAAGUUAUGGAACACGAACAUUAACAGCUACAUGUGGCCCUGAAGGCGAGGAGGGUGCGUGUCUUGCUGAACUAACGGUACCAGCUGCAUGGUGGCCUGCCGAUGGAAAAGGAAAGCGACCACCAAGGACAGUGCGAUUAGCCUACAGCGCGGCAGAAGCUGGUAGUGGAGAGUCCGCCGAAGGUGCAUGUGGACGUGUCUCUGUGCAACCUGCUUGGCCCCUGGGCUCGGUCACGUUGGCUGGAGCUCGUGCUGGAUAUCGGGAAGCUCGAGCCGGUGAUGCGGCUCUUUUAUUGCCCAGGGCGCCAUUAUAUCCUCAUUCUCGACUGCAUCUACCCUUCGUAGUACGUCGCGAUACAAGCCACACAAUUUCGCAUGUGGUCAUCAGAAUGAAGGUGAAGUCUGGUCUACGCUUGGUGAGCGUGACCGCUGCCAACUCCCGCUGGGCAGUAACCGCUGAGGUGAAGCCUCGAGCUGCCACCGUCACAGCCACAAGGCUCGAACAACCGCUGCGCGACGACGACUCAUCUGACACGGAGUCUGAGGAGAGCAGUGGUGUUGGGGAGCCUGGCUGGGAAGAGAUCCUCACGUGGCUGGUAGAAGUUGGAGCUGAAGGUGAAGGCGAUGGGGAAGGAUCCGAGGGAGAGUCAGGGCGUGGAACUGCUCGCAUCAGCUGGUCGGCCAAAGUAUCCUCAGCACCCACUACAACCUCCACUACUGAAGAACCACCUCACGAACACAGAGUAAACACAAGACUGGAUAUUGAAAAGGAUGACAUACAAGCUGUCUUACCAAUCUCUAAGAACUGGGAAGUGUUAAACACGGCGGUGCUGACAGGGCGUCAAGUGUCUCAGGCAAUGAAAGUGCUGAUCGUGUCGCAAGCGGGACAGGUCGCUGACGUCACUCUGCAGAGCUCUUGCCAUUCAGAGGACGAGAGCGUGCUAAAGGUAUCAUCAUCAUGCAGUUCAGUCUACGUGGACGGUUCGGAAAUCCGCGGCUCAUCGAAUGCGUCAGUGAUUGUCAAGUACGGCACAUAUACCGGUUUAGCUCGGUUCACCGUCUGGAUGCCCGAGUACCCUCUAGAGAUUGACGUCGAUGACAACAGACUAUCGCAAAUCAAAGGUUGGAAAGUCCCCGAUGACGCGAACACGAAGGACCGGACGCGUCGGUCACUGUCAGCAAGGGGUUGGGGCGGCGCCCGACCUGACAACACCAACUCUUUGUCUGAACAGCGCUCCUGCAGGCUUCGGUACCAACAAAGCAAUGUUGAGGUGUACGCUAGAUUCCUGGCCAAGGACCACGAUUCAGGUCGCGUGUCCUACUUCGUGUCACGUCGCACAUGGCUGAAGGUCACCGAGCUGGUGCUGACGAGGGUGUCCGACCCUCGGAUAGCGUCGCUGCGUGGCCGAGUGCUACAAGGACGGAGUACGGGACGCACUGAAGUUCAAGUACUGUCGCCUAUUACAGGGCGAGUAAUUGGUCUGCGUGAGGUCCGCGUGGGUAACGACAAGGUGUCAAUCUCGCGACUACUGGUGCGCGUCAUAUCUGGCCUGCAGCUGAAUAUCUCGCCCGACACUGCGAUUGAAAACGGAUACGUCUCUGAAACUACCGUCACCAGGCGACUCACUGCGCAAUAUCAGGAAGGUCUACUGGACAUUGACUUGGAGUUCUCAGACGGCAGUCACACAGCUCUGCGAGACGUGGCCGUGUCUGAUUAUUUCCUCGUCGUGGAAAGCUUGGACCCUGAGGUGGUGGCAUUCGCGCCCAUGUACGCUUCCAGACAUCCACGUGUUAUCGCGGUUGGAGAAGGUAGCGGUGAAUUACUCCGUGUCACCCUACUAACUCCGGAACAAUGCCGAACUGGACCGUUACGCCGUGUGGCUCUUCCCGGCAAAGGCGAUACGAAGACUCCAGCUAACAUCAAGAAUAUUCCUGGAGCCAUCGCCACGGCAGCAGCCAGUGUGGACGUAGACUUCAGUGGAGGAGACGCUCCUCAAAGACCUGAUACUCCACAAAAUGAUGACAUCAUGGCGAGGGGUGGGAUGAGGAGCGGCAUGGCUGAACUUGGAGAUAUUCUUAAAGGCUACCCAUCAUUCAAAGACGAAGGCAAUCACGAGCCAACCAUUGCGCAGGCGCAACAAUACAACUCCAUCUAUCGGAACAACCCCGCACCACACUCUCAGCACCAAACUGCACAGACUUCUGUCGUUAUUGGAAUUUACGUGGUCCUCGGUGCUUUCUGUUUUGCGAUAGUGGUGUUCGUGGUAUCAUGCGUAGUAUACGCGACGCGAGUCAAGCCAUCAGGUGGAGACCGUGUAGGCGGCGGCUCGCGAGGGGUGCCGGCCGGGGUCGCUGAAGGGGGACGGUUACAAGUCGCUGGUCUAGUUGGCACCACGCUCGGCCUGGCCAGGGAGAAACCUUCUAGGGAAUCUACUACUAAUGCCCAUGAUUGGGUGUGGUUGGCUUUCAAUUUUCCAGGACGCGCUACGAUCGAGAGGAAUGGGAACCGUCACCCAGCGAACAGGAAUUCAGCGCAACAGACGGACAACGGCAACACUGAGAUGAGGAUCACUGCCAACCCUUUGAACUAUAAUUAUGUGGACCCGGAGGACGCUAUACGAGAGAAUGGGAACGUCAUGGUGACGAGUUUUGACAACCCUAACUCGAUUGAGUUGCCCUCACAGAACGACAAGAAGGUCAUUGACUCCACCACGUACUGUAAGAAGGCAGGGCGACACGCGCGCCACCACUCCGGCGACGGACACUGGCAGCCGGACGCCAACAACCCAGACGACUACCGGCCCCCCGUCCCGCCACACAGGAACUCCUCCACUCCACAGCCGCAUGUCCCAGUACCACCUCGGAACCCCAACAAAAUUUUGCCCGAAACGGUCAUGCCACCGACGCGACGAAACCACUCCCGAAAUCACCAAAAGAAACACGACCGCGAUUACGAGUCCCGACGAUCUCCAGAAAAUGGCCGCCGCUCAGACAGAAUUAUUGAUUUAAACAAACUGGACGCCCCAUAUUUAUUGAACCGAGACAUGAAAGACUACAAACGCGAUUCGAACCCGGCUCCCCUUAGAAACGACCUUGAAGACAACCCAGUGGAAAAACUGACUGACAAAGAUGACUGCGCACGACUAUUUGAAUUCGAUAACGACGCUCCACUAGUGAUGGAGAACAAGGACUACCGAGAGAUCGUCGGCCUCAACAGAGGAACCGACGACUCCCGACGAACAUUCGCCAAACCCGAAAGCCCCGACUACAUGCACGACUCUGGAAUCGGCCUACCCGAAGUACAAAUGAGGCACAAGAACAGAUCCAAAGAGUCAAAAGGAGAUUUCGUGGAGGCCGCCAAUAAGAACAAAGGCAGCAGUUCCCCGGAGGUGAAGCGCGCCACGAUAGUGGGCAACCCGAUGUACUCGCGCGCGCCGGACGCGCUCGACGCGCCGCGUGACGUCACCAGCGACGCGCUGGGGCUGGACGACCUGCACAUGGACUACGAUCAGAUCAUGCAUUAUUUCCACAACCUCAAGGAAUCAAACGCCUGAGUAGAGCAGAUCAUUGCAAAGAUCCGGCAGAUAUUGUCUACGUUUAAAUAUCAGCAUAUCAUCAAAGCUCCGCCAAUCGACGUAUACAAUGCACCCACUGAUACGUCCGGGGCGGCCGGGCUCGAGGCUAGUACCAUUGACUCGCACAACAACAACGCGUGCCCAGACGCGCACAUUUACGAAAACGUAAGCAACGGGAACACAGUCGCACCCACACAAAUGCUCUGCGACUCCAUCGCUCACAAAAAUAAUUUCAUGAAAACUCAACUGAAAUUCUUGUUAGAGCACCUGAGCGAAGCUUACGAGUAAUGUUGUUGACAGUCAAUGUAUUACCCUCAUACAAUAUGUGUCUCAAAGUGGAUCCUUGCAGUGAUCGAAAUCGAAACUAUACAAAUUGUAACUGUUUUAUACAUAAUAAUUUAUUAUCGUUAAACGUAUUUACUCUAGUCAUCUACAAAGCUGCACAUAUUUAAAGUACCUAAUUAUGAUAAUUGUGUGCAUGUAGUUAAUACUCAUAAUAUGUCAAUGAAUAUAAUAAAUUAUAAAUAUUACUCACGCAAGGUUUGUCUGUAUAUUGAUAUUAUCUCCUUACGGUAACGGGCUAAUUUAUUGCUGUACACUGAGCGCCGUAUAUCCUUGCCUAAGACUCGCGAACCUUAGGAUAUAUCGCUAAUGUAAUAUUCCCAUACCAAAAAGAAAACGUUGCAUUCGUUCUAGAUCUGUACUGUAUAUAUAUUUUUCCACUAGAAGGUAAAAACGCUACCUCACUUUUGUCUUAACUUAGAGCUUAGCUAAUGUAUGCAAGUUAAAACUAAAAAUACAUUUAUUUUAUUAUCUCUCGAAGCAGAAUCACUUUCAUUUCCCGCCUACCGUGUAUUUGAUAACAAAACACAAUAGUUAUUAUGAUUAAGACUGCAAAUCGCCAGUUUCUAGGGAAUAUAGUAUUUAAGUAUAGUAUAAGAGAUACAGAACUAGUCAAAGUAUAUUAUUCUUAUAAUUAAUCUGAGCUAAUUUAUUUGCUCAAUACUAUUCCACUCUCUGAAAUGGCUUUCCUGUCUGCUAAACUAAAACCUUAUCAAAUAUUUGAUGUGAACUUGUUCUAUUAAUUUAUUGCUAUGUGUGGAGACAGCCUAAUUAAAUUUAAACGGAAAUUAGUUUCGUUUGUCAGAAAGCACUGAUUUAUUAAUUUAUUUAGGUAUUUAUAAAUAAAUAAUUAAUAUAGAAUCAACUGUGUUUAAUUUAAUAUGGUAUUGAAAUUAACAAAUAGCAGUAACACCACACAAGUCAGUUUUAAUAACAAAUGGAUAAAGUUGUGAUAAAAUGACUGCUAGGGAUUGAUUUUAUAUGCAGUCUAUUUUAUAAAAUAAAAAGCCAUAUCAUAUAUAAAUGUAACGCUUGUAUGAUAUUGUAAACACAUUAUUAAUUUAUUGAAGAUGUAAAUUGCAUUUACUUGUAAGUUAGUAUGUUAGGCUUUGUAAAUAUUGUUAUGACGUUAUAUAAUUUAUAGGUACUUAUGGUGGAGAUGACAAUGCAGAAUAGAAAAUAUAUGUGGUAGAAAUUGCUUAAAAUAUGGACAGAGUAGAGUUGCACACAAUAUCAUGAGAUGUUUGUCUGUUACAAUUGUACACUAAAUAGUAAAUGUUUUAUCUUGUAUUGUGUAUUAAAUGUGACCCUAAAUGUAAUAAUAGGAGAAGUGGACGAACUUUCCUAUUUACUUUCAGUAACGAAGGAAGCCGUGUGUUCUAUGGAACAUUGUAUCAGCUUACACUGUCUUUAUUCGUGAACCAUGAUACUCUCUAAAAUACUAAUAGCGUGUUGUUUGGCUUUCGACGUUAGGUUAGGGACGAGUCAUAAGAUAAAGUACUCUACGCUGUAGUAUUUGUUACUGUAAUACAUUUGUUUUUGUUGAGUUUUUGCCAUAAUUAUAAGAAAGGAGUUUAUAAAUUAAAUAUUGCUACAAGGUUUAAUACAUGUAUGCAAACUGAGGCUUGUCACGAAAAUCCUUUCAUGAAAAUGUCAAAUUUAAUAAACCAUUAUUAAU